GUGGCAGUCCACUUCCAGCCGGUUCGCUAAACGGUUGCAUCCGCGCGAGAACAGAGUGAUCGCGGAGAAGAUCGUCGUCGUCGUCGCGGAUCGUGGGAGAGCAGCAGCACCGACAGGGGGGCGAAAGAAGAAAAGUGCGUGGAAAAUUGCGAUUUCGCUGACUUGAUUUCACUAUCACUAUCUUUUUUGUUGUUGUUGUUGUUGUUGUUGUUGUUGUAUCGCGCGCGGUUUCGUUGCAUAUGGUUGCAGUUUGAGGAGAAAAAAGAAGAGGAAAAAAAUUGGCGCAAACAAUGAAACAAACAAAAAAAUAAGUGAAAAAACAACAUUGGAAGAGGCUUGCAGGCAAACAAGAAAAUAAAGAGAGUUUUUAGUGCGUGGUGUGUUUGUUGCGUUGGAGAGUGUUGGGAAUAAUUGCAAGAGUGUGUUCAGUGAUGGCUCGAUCGUGCGCGGAAAUCAAUCGUCGAAAUGUCGCGGAAUUCCACGACGUCAGCUGAAUUAGGCCAAAGUUACCGCAGUGUACAGUGAAAGUGAAGAACGCAGAACGCCGAAUCGUUCAAAUUCUUGCGAAGAUCAUUGAGCCCACCCCGUCGCUGAAUCAUCGCAGUGGAAUUCCAAAAAAGUGCAGUGAUUUGUGCAGAAGAACCCGGCGAGAGCAACCUCGGGGAGUUUCUCGGAACCUAGAGCUAUGCUGAAGAAGGAAAAACCAAUGCUUUCUGUAGCGGCGAUUAUUCAGGCGCAGGGUCGCUGGGACCGGACACUGCCACUGGCAGGGCUGGCAGGUUUCGAUGCCGCCCUCGUAGGACACAUGGGCCCGCUCUCGCCGCCGGACAUGAAGCCCGACCUGAAGCCGGACAUUUCGCUGCUAAACGGCGGCGUCGGCGGCCCCUUCUCCCCGGGUAAUAACUGCGGCGGUCCGGUGAGCCCGGGUGGUGCCGCGUUCAACCAGCAGGUCGCGGCAGCCCUGCAGCAGCAGAACCUCAACAACAAUCAAAACAGUCUCGGCCAGCAGCAAAAUUCCGUCGGCGGAGGAGGUGGUGGUGGUGGUGGUGGAGGAUCGACCACUCCCACAAACCAGCAGUAUCCGCCGAAUCAUCCGCUCAGUGGUUCCAAGCACCUGUGCUCGAUCUGCGGCGACCGGGCCAGCGGCAAGCAUUACGGGGUUUACAGCUGCGAGGGCUGCAAGGGCUUCUUCAAGCGGACGGUGCGGAAGGACCUGUCGUACGCCUGCCGGGAGGACAAAAACUGCACGAUAGACAAACGCCAAAGAAACCGCUGCCAGUACUGCCGGUACCAGAAAUGUCUCGCCUGUGGCAUGAAGCGGGAAGCGGUCCAGGAGGAGCGGCAGCGGAGUUCCAAGUUUUCCAUCAAGAGCGAGGAAAUCAACUCGACCAGCUCGGUGCGGGACGUGACGAUCGAGCGAAUCCACGAGGCUGAGCAGCUGAGCGAGCAGAAGAGCGGGGACAACGCGAUCCCGUACCUGCGCGUCGGCUCCAACUCGAUGAUCCCGCCGGAGUACAAGGGCGCCGUCUCCCACCUGUGCCAGAUGGUGAACAAGCAGAUCUUUCAGCUGAUAGACUUUGCCCGCCGGAUGCCCAACUUCACGAACCUGCACCGGGACGACCAGGUGAUGCUGCUGCGGUGCGGCUGGAACGAGAUGCUGAUCGCGGCCGUCGCCUGGCGGAGUAUGGAGUACAUUGAGACGGAACGCUCGCCGGACGGCAGUCGGGUGACGAUCCGGCAGCCGCAGCUGAUGUGCCUGGGGCCGAACUUUACCCUGCACCGGAACAGCGCCCAGCAGGCUGGGGUGGACACGCUGUUCGAUCGCAUCCUGUGCGAGCUCGGCAUCAAAAUGAAAAGACUGGACGUGACUCGAGCUGAGCUCGGCGUUCUCAAGGCUAUUAUUCUAUUUAAUCCAGACAUUCGAGGGCUCAAAUGCCAGAAAGAGAUCGACCACAUGCGGGAAAAGAUCUACGGCUGCCUGGACGAGUACUGCAAGCAGCAGCAUCCGUCCGAGGAUGGGCGGUUCGCGCAGCUGCUGCUGAGGCUUCCGGCGUUGCGCUCGAUCAGCCUCAAGUGUCUCGACCAUCUGAACUUUAUUCGGUUGCUCAGUGAUAAGCAUUUGGACAACUUUAUCAUCGAGAUGCUCGACACGCCGAUGUAAAAUAAAAAAAAAAAUGCAUGAUCAAAACAAUGAGAAUGAAAAAAAGCUCUAGAAUAUAUAGCGUUUCACGGUAUUCUUCUCCUCAUCACAUGAUUUUUUUUUAUUAUUCUAUUGUUAAGGUUACUUUCUGCGCAACUGUAGAAAGCUUGAAAUUUAGGAAUUUUCUUAUUUCAGAAAGCAAACGAUACUAUGAAGUUUUUAAGCAAAUUGUAGGACUCAGUAACUUAUUAAAUGAUAAAUAUAUUUUAAUAUAUAUAUGAACUAUAAAGUAAAGUAAUGAAAAUGAAAAAUGGUGCAAAUAGAUUUUAUGAAAAAUCGAUCUAAGAUUACAAAACACUCUGUUGAUACAAAAAAAAAAAA